GGCAGGGAAGAGCAGCGAAGAGCAUCCACCAGCAGAACACGUGCAGCUUCUACUCCUCUACUCCUCUACUUCUCUACUUCUCUACUUCUCCUCCGCACAUCGGCUCAGACGCAGGUCGCACUAUGAAAGGCAUUCACUCUUUGGCUGGUCUACUGCUCUUGAUUAUUGUGCAAAGCAGCUGGGAAAUCCCAAUUCAGGAGACGGAAGACAACUCCAGCUUAAUGACAGAAGACUCGCUUUUCGAUGAACCUAAGGAACUUACAAAUGUGAAGAGACAUUCACAAGGAACAUUCACCAACGAUUACAGCAAAUAUUUGGAGACAAGGCGAGCUCAAGACUUUGUUCAGUGGUUGAUGAACUCUAAGAGAAGUGGCGGCCCUACCAGACGCCAUGCGGAAGGCACCUACACCAGCGACGUCAGCUCCUACCUGCAGGACCAGGCGGCGAAGGAGUUCGUCUCUUGGCUGAAGACCGGGCGGGGGAGAAGAGAUUUUGCAGAGGAAAGCAGUGGGACCGACGUGCAGCAUAGAAGACACGUAGACGGAAGCUUCACCAGUGAUGUGCACAAGGUUCUAGACAGCAUUGCCGCUAAGGAAUAUAUACUCUGGCUCAUGAACUCUAAGCCCUCAGAAGCAAGCAGCCCGUUAAAUGGAUAUCAAUGAAAGACAUGCUUCCUUGUUCAAGAGAAUCUUUGGUACUGUACUACACCCGGAAAGCCUACAAUUCUGCACUGUACAAGACACUGUGGAUGUCGUUUAAAGCCAUACUGCUUACUGUCAUGGAACAGUCUCCUGCAAUGAAAACAAUGAAUGUUCAUACUCUAUUGAAAUCUCUCUAAACACGCUUAACUUUUGUUUUACACUGUAAACUGCCAUGCAAAAUGUGGGAUCUUCCAAUGAUUUGGGGUGCAUCAAAUGCAAAAUGCACUUUUUAGCCCUUUGAGAUUGUUUUUCUAUUUAUAAACUCUAUUUGCAUAUCUGUAAAUUGAAAAACCAUGUAUGCCUCAGGUUAA